AUGGGGACAGGGAUGGGAACAAGGGACAGGAUUGGAGAUGGCAAUACAGAUAAGGAUGGGGACAGGGACGGGGAUGUGGCCCGGGAUGGGGACGGGUCGGUGACAGGGACAGGGCUGAGGAUGAGGAUGAGGAACGGGGACAGCGCUGCCCCUCUCCGGAGCGGCCCAGCAGGAGGAAAUGGCGAGUUCAGGAUGCGCGGGGCGGCCGUGGGGGUGGAUGGACGGCAGGACGGGACCCCCGCACCCCCCAGAGGGGUCCCGGCCUUCAAUCUCAAUGCAAACCCCCCCUGCUGCCCCCCGCCGCCCCCUCCCCACAUUUUCCGGUUCCCUGAGGUUGGCAGUGCGGACAGCAUCCCCCCGUCCAGCUGUCCCCACCCUCCGGGGCACCCCCAGACCCCCAGGGCGCUGCCACCCCCUCCCCACCCACCCAGCAGGGACCCCCACUCCGAGAUCCCCAGUGAGAAAAUGAACAAAACAAGGAAAUUUCCAGAAGUGUUUAUUUCUGGGAGGGAAAGUCGAGGCCGGAGGGGGGUUAAGGAUGGGGGAGCGAUCAUUGACGGGUGCGGGGAGCGAGCGGCGGGGCACGGGCGCUGCUGCCGUCACCAGGCGCUGAUUCCCUGCCGGUGUGCCAUCGCCGCCGAGGGCGGAUUCACAGGGACGCCCACCCGCUGGGGACCCGCCACGGCCGCCACCCAGAGGGGAUCGGGCUCGCCGGGGUCCCCACGGCCGCCACAGCUGGGGACCCGCCACCGCCGCCACCGCCGCCACCGCCGCCACCGCCGCCACCGCCGCCACCCCGGGCUCCCUGCCGGGCCGGCUGCGGGGUCCCGAGGGCCGGACGGGCCCCGUGCCCGGGAUGUCGCGCCCUUGAGUGUCCCCCUGGCACCCCCCCAGGCGGGCUCUGCCUCUGCCGUGGAAUUUGGCUUCUGGGGAACGCGGGGAAACUUGCGGGUAAUUUUCUCACCCGGCGGCACCGUUCCUGUUUUCAUUAUUAAAAUGAGCACGAGGGCACCGGGCACCCGCGGGGGGCUAAAUUUGGGCUCGGGGGGAACCAAAAAUACAAAACCGCUGCCCCCACCCCGGAGGAAUUUGCAUCUCGCCGCUGCUCGAGGGCAGCGCGGUGACGAGCGCUCCAUGGAGGCACCGAUUGCACAGAAGCCGCGGGGGCCCCGGGACCCCCGGCCCGGCCACCUGCCGCCCCCCCGGGACCCCCGGCCCGGCCACCUGCCGCCCCCCCGGGACCCCCGGCCACCUGCUGCCCCCUCGGAGGGACCCCCGGCCCGGCCCCGCAUCCGCCGCCCACCCGCAGCCAGUGCCGCGUCCCCGCUGCCCCCGCAGCCCCCCAGACCCCCUCUCCGGGUCCCGCCCUGCAAAGCCCCUCCUGCCCCGCGGCCAGGCCACCCCGAGCCCUCUGUGCCCCCGCAGGACCCGGCCAAGGCCCCCCAGCCCUGUGAGUCACGGCGGGGAAAUCGAGGCACGGCUGGCGCCGGGUGGGCACCGCGCUGGGGGGCUUGGGGGGCUCAGCUCCCCCCACGGAGGGUCCGGAGGGAUGGAGGGGAGCGCGGGGGUCGUGGCGAGCCCGUUGAGGAGCCCCCAACCCCAAGCCCUGAGCAGAGCCGGGAGGAUGCUGAGCCCCGCGGGAAGGGGCACCCAAGGGUGACGAGGGUGGGUGUCCCCAGCAGGGCCGGGCCCGCGCCAGCCGGGGGUGACAAUUCGGUGGCAGCUCCGCGCUGGGGGAUGGCUCAGCGGCCCGGGCAGGGCGAGCAGAGGCUCCUUAAUCUCGGGGAAGGAAGCGGCUCCGGUUACGGAGCUGCCCUCGGUGUAAAAGGAGAGCGACAGGAAGAAAAGUCAUUAACAUCGUUCCAGGCGCUGCCACCCAAAACCCGGCUGGUGCCGAGCCCCGCGCCGCCAGCGCCGCCGUCCCCGUGCCCCCCGUGCCCCCCGUGCCCCCGGGAGCGCUGGCUCGGGUGGCACCUGGGAGAUCCCCCCAAAACCCCUCCUCGGGGUGGUCCCGCUGCCCGGACUCGGCGGUGGCGGCUCCCGGGUCCCUCCCGUCCCCCUGAGACCGAUCCGCGUCCCUCCUCCUCCUCCUCCUCCUCCUCUUCCUCACGGCGGCCAUGGCAGCCCCGCGUGGAGGCGGCGGCGGGCGCGGGCAGCUCCCCCCGUGUCCCGGCUCCGCCACACCGGGCCCGGCUCUCGCCGCCUCCGGGGCGCCCCCCGCGCGUGGGGCCGGAGCACCGGGGCAGCCGGGGCUGCUUCCGUUUCACCGCCGCCGCCUUGCCCGCCCCUCGCCCCCUCCUGUACGAGGCGAUUUUCUUCAGCCGGAGCCGCAUCCCCGGCGCGCAGCGCGGCUCCCUGGGGAGCGCCGGGGGGCUGCAGCCCCUGUCCGGCCGGCUUAGCGUGACGGGGGCGCGGGGGGCUCCGGGCUGGCGCCCCCGGCCCUUCCUCUUCGUCAGCGGGAGGCGAGGGCCGGGGAGUGAUGUGCGCUGCCCGGGCGGGGGCACGGCGGCGAGACACGGGCUACAGCUUCUGACAACGCGCGGGGCCCGCGGGCGGCGUGCGCCGCCCCCGCCCUGCCCAGAGCCCCCCCGGCCCGCGGUCCGCUCCCGCGGGAUGGGGGACCCGGGUGACGCGGGGACAUGGGGGGGCCGGACCCCUCCGGGACGGGGUCCGGUCCCGUGCGGUCCCGGCGGCCCCGGUGCGGUCCCGGGGGAGGCGCGGGCCGGGGGAGGCAGCUGGGGCCGGCACGGACACCCGGAGGGUGCCAAGCGGCAGCGCCGGCGGUUAAAAAUACCCGAGGGGGCGCUGCCGACGGAAGUGGAGGUGUCGGCACCGGCUGCUCGGGCCGGGCCGGGGGGGCCCGACUCGGGUGUCCCGGCCCCCGCCAGCGACCCCCGCACCCCGCACCGGGACCCACCGAGGCGGGCGGCGGCCGCGUCCUGGCGCGUCCCCAUCACCCAAAAUCGCGGGGCGGGAGGAGAAUCCCGGUCCCCUCACCCCGGGGGGGGGUCACCCCCAGCCCGGCGAGCGCCCCCCGCCCCCGCCGCGGCCGCGCCGAGGGCGGCCCGGUGCUGGCCUGUGACCCGGCAGGGCGGCCCGGUGCUGGCCUGUGACCCGGCAGGGCGGCCCGGUACCGGGGUGGCCCCGCGGUGGCCGCGGCCGCGCUCCCGGCGGGUCACCGGCAGGUCAGGCGGGUGCCGGACUCGGGGCCAGCCGCCGCUCGUGUCCCCCACGGCCCCGCGUGUCCCCGUGGCCGCCGUGACCCGCAGCGAGCGCCGAGGAGCGGCCCUGGGGACACGGCCGUGCCCGGCCACCAGCACUGCUGUCACCGAGAGCCACGGGGGACCAGGGACACAUUCACUGUCCUCAGAGCCAUGA